AUGAUGAACAGAAAAUCAAGUAAUUGUGCUAUUUGUGAGAGUUCAAAUCUCGCUUCUGUCUGUGCUAUCUGUGUCAAUUACAGAUUAACUGAUUAUAACAGUUCUUUAAAGGCACUGAAGAGUCGUCGUGAUUCCUUGUAUUCAAGAUUGACUGAAGCGCUUGUGGCAAAGGGUAAGGCUGAUGAUCAACUAAAUUGGAGAGUGCUUCAAAAUGAAAAGCUUGUGAGGUUAAGGGAAAAGCUCCGCUGUAAUAAAGAACAGCUUGUGCAAGGCAAGGCAAAGAUUGAGAAGAUGUCCUAUGACCUAAAAGUAAAAUCUGGGGUGCUUGACUCAGCCCGUGCUGUGUUGGGAAAAAAUCGUGCAGAACAACUGGAGAAGUUCUAUCCCAACCUUAUAUGCACUCAGAACUUAGGGCAUAUGGCAAUUACCUCUGAACGCCUUCAUAAACAGUCAGUGGUUAUAAAACAAAUAUGUAAAUUGUUCCCCCAACGUCGGGUGACUGUUGAUGCAAAGAGGAAAGAUGCAUCUGGUGGUCAAUAUGAUCAAAUUUGUAAUGCAUGCUUACCAAGAGGGCUGGAUCCACACUCAGUUCCAUCAGAAGAGCUUGCUGCUUCUUUGGGAUACAUGGUUCAACUCCUGAAUCUUGUCGUUCAGAACUUAGCUGCUCCAGCACUUCAUAACCCAGGUUUCGCAGGUUCCUGCUCUCGGAUAUGGCAAAGAGAUUCUUAUUGGGAUGCGUGCCCUUCUUCUAGGAGCAAUGAAUAUCCUCUCUUUAUACCACGGCAAAAUUAUUGCUCCACUAGUGGCGAAAAUUCGUGGUCUGAUAGAAGCUCAAGUAAUUUUGGUGUUGCUUCAAUAGAUUCCGAGAGGAAACCCCAUCUGGAUUCUUCUGGAAGUAGUAGCUUUAAUUAUACUUCUGCUUCUCAACACUCUGUCGAAACACACAAAGAUUUGCAGAGAGGGAUUUCACUGCUCAAGAAAAGUGUGGCAUGCAUUACAGCAUACUGUUAUAACUCACUUUGUUUAGAUGUCCCUUCUGAGGCAUCUACCUUUGAAGCAUUUGCAAAAUUGUUGGCUACAUUAUCUUCAUCCAAGGAAGUUCAUUCUGUUUUCUCUUUGAAAAUGGCUUGUUCAAGGUCAUGUAAGCAAGUUCAACAAUUGAACAAAUCUGUUUGGAAUGUGAAUUCUGCCAUAUCGUCAACCACUCUACUGGAUAGCGCACAUGCCAUGACAAUGACGAAAAAUUUGAAUGAAUAUAACCUGCCUACUUAUGCCACCAGCUCUCUUUGUUCCACUGAGUUGUCUGAUUCUGGGAAGAAUGAAUCCCUUGUAGAAGGAUGGGAUCUUGUAGAACAUCCAACUUUUCCUCCUCCACCAUCACAAUCUGAGGAUAUUGAGCAUUGGACUCGAGCCAUGUUCAUCGAUGCUAAAAGAAAAUGA